CUCGGGUUGGAGCUGGUGCCGCGUCGAGGAGCGGAAGCAGUCGAGCCUGAAGAUAUUAGCCUCGUGGAACUAUACAGAGUGCACGUUGAAAGUGCGGAGAGAGCUGCAGCAUGGCGAGGUACCCUCCGCCGUGCUGGCGGUUCAGGCAGCAGUUUCAACUCUGGCACUCUAACCAGUGGGGCGACCAGCGCGCCCGCUCAGUCCCAUCACCUGAUGUGCAGCAUGCGGGACUUCGGGCACACCGCGGGCGGCGACGAGGCGGAGCUGUUGCUAUGGUUACACGAUGCCCGGAGAGGGCAGCCGUUGACGGAGAGAUUCCGCGUCAGAAUAGCAAGGGAUGGAUUCUCUAAUUACGUGGAUAGAUUGCACGCUAAUAGUACACUAUUCUCUGAUCUGUCGAUGACGGAGUUGUCUCGCGAGUUGUGGCUGGGGGGGGGGGUGGUGCGCGUGGGGCGGUGGGCGGGCGCGGCGGGCACGGAGCGCCGCGGGCCGGUCGCGCGCCGCCCGCUCGGCGCCGGCGUGCUCCCGCUAGCAGACUUCUUAAGACAACCGGGACAACAUCCCGCUGAAAGAGAAUACACAUUCAAGGUUUAUCAAUGCGAAGAGAAAGAUUUUCAUCAGUUGCAUGAUAUGUUGAUACGGAAGCAAACAAAUAAGUGCAAUAUUCUGCCUGGACAGCCUAAUUAUGGAAUUGUAGUAGCAUUACGUUUACUAACGAACGCGGCGAGUAUAACAGAGGCUGUGGGUUCGGGGGCGACAGUAACACCAAAGCGUGGGUUCCCUGACGUGAUAAUGCCGGGCGAUGUCCGCAACGACCUCUACCUGACGCUGGAGCGCGCGGAGUUCGAGCGCGGAGGGAAGAGCACCGCCAAGAAUGUGCUGGCUACAGUCAACGUGCAUGAUAACACGGGACAGCUUAUCAGCGAGUGCGUGUGGGGCGCGAGCGGCGCGGGCGCGUCGUGCUACGAGUCGCUGGUGCUGUACCACAACAACAGCCCCGCCUGGGCCGAGCAGCUGCGCCUCGCGGUACCUCUCGACACCUUCACGCACGCGCACGUUCGCAUCGAGUUCCGACACUGCUCCACUCGCGACAAGAACGAGAGGAAACUGUUCGGGUUCUCAUUCGCUCGUCUGAUGGAGGCGAGCGGCGCGACGCUGCGCGACGGCGCGCACGAACUCUACGUAUACAAAUGCGAUGAUCCUACAAAAUUACAGAACGCCAGUUACCUGUCGCUGCCGUCGUGCGCCAACGACGCAGCGCGCGCGGCGCCCUCUAACGGCGUCAUACCAACCUUUCAACGGAGUUCCAAAGAAAUUUGCACAAUCAGUACAUUAUUGUGCUCAACAAAACUUACACAAAAUGAGGACCUACUAGCGCUACUGCAGUGGCGCGCUCGUCCGGAGCGUGUACAGGAGACCUUAUUGCGGGUACUGCGACUCGGCGACGGCCUCAGCUGUGAGGAACUUAUCAAGUUCCUACGAGAUGUGCUGGAUGCACUCUUCGCAUUGUUUUCCACUGAAGAUGGUAACAGCACCCCGCACUCGGGCACGGUGUUCCUAGUGCUGGUGUCCAUCUGCAGCCUGCUGGACGAGAGCCGCUUCCAGCACUUCCGUCCUGUGCUGGACGUCUACAUCGAGGAGCACUUCUCUGCUGCGCUAGUCUAUAAAGGCCUGCUGUCAUCGGUGCAGCACUGCGCGGAGUGGGCGGCGGGCGCGGAGGGGCAGGAGCCGAUCCGCAAGUGCUUACGGUCGCUAGGCGCGGUGUUCCGGCUGGCGGUGCGCUCGCGCCGGCUGUUCGCGCGCGCCACUGGUGGACAGUACGAAGACAGCUUCAGACGGGACGUGCGCGCUGCGCUGCAUGCGCUUAAAGCACUGGCACAGCACCCGCAUAGGGAACAUCUCGCGCCCGCGCAGGUGGCUCUGAUGACGUCAUGGGCGAGCGUGUCGCGCGAGGUGGCGGCGGCGCUGGGGCCGGCGGAGGCGGCGCGCGUGUCGGCCGCCAUGCUGGACGCCGCGGCCGCUAAUGCCCCGCCCCCGCUCGCUAAAGCACGACUCAGAGCCGCACAGGAUAUACUUAAAGGACCACUCGGACAGGACCCCGAGGCACGUAACAUAGUGCUGACAACAGCCUGUCAUCACUUGCGUGUACACUUGGCGCGACGUGACGAGCUGUCGCAGUGCGCGGACAUGCUGGGCGAGCUGGUGACGCUCCUGUGGAGGAAGGAGGACCCUGACAUGGUAGAGGAUGAACUGGACCCGGACGUCGACGUGCUCUGUCUGAACACGCUUGAUGUACUGGUGGAGACUGUACUGCAUCUGAUUGGUGGAAACUCGCCGGUACUAGGUUCAAUGGUGGCUGGUCUGCUGGGUACAAUGGAGCUGCUGCGUCCAGCGCACUACCAGCGGCUGUGGAGCCACCUCGCGCCGCACCCGCACGACCGCAAGCCACUCAAAGACUUCCUUAUGAGAGCAUUCCUAGUGUUCAGACAUCUCAUUGAACAGGAUGUUUUUCCAUCUGAUUGGAUGGUGUUACGAGUUCAGAGCUGUAAAGUUUUACUAUCCGCGUUACAAGAUUUAGCUAAACCUCUGCUUGAGCGGUUUAUGGGUGAAGAACCUCCGCAAUUUGACACCCAGUUGUGGUCGGGGUACUUGGAGCUAGGCGUGGCGCUGGUGACGUGCCGCGCGCUACAGUGGGAACGUUGCGCCGGCCGCGGGCCCGACCGCCCGCGCAUGCGCGCUGCUGCCGGCCUGCAGGUGCUUGCUGUAUGGAGCCGACUUGGUCCGGCGCAGCUGCACCUGAUCGGCGUGGCGGUGGGCGCGCUGCUGGAGGUGACGCUGGUGGGCGCGCUGCGGCGGGCGGCGCUGGGCGCGCUGGUGGCGCUGAUGGCGGCGGAGCGCGCGGCCAGCGGCAGCGCGCGCCGCACAGAGGCCGCGCUCGUUGAUAAACUGGACUCACUCGUCGCUGAUAAUAAGGCUGAUGAUCAUUAUAGACGGCUCUUUGAUACUGUUUUAAUGGAGCGCGUGUCGACGGAGGGUUGGCGCGAGGCGGGCGCGGCGUUCGUGGGCUGCGUGACGCGGCUGCUGGAGCGGCUGCUGGACUACCGCGCUGUCAUGCAGGGCGCUGAGCACCGCGACAAGCGUAUGGCCGCCACCGUCAACCUACUGAAUUUCUACAAGAACGAGAUAGACCGCAAAGAGAUGUACCUGCGCUAUGUGUACAAGCUGCACGACCUGCAUAUUGCCUCCGACAACUUUGUGGAGGCAGGCUGCACGCUGCUUUUAUACGCGGAGACUUUAAGCUGGGACAGCGACCAAAUAGGCGUAGAUCCAGAGCAUCCUGAAGUACCGGAAUGGAAACGUAAAGAGGCCUUGUAUAAUCAAGUGCUCGAGUACUUUGAUCGCGGAAAGUGCUGGGAGAAGGGCCUGCCGCUGCUGCGCGAGCUGGGCGCGCUGCACGAGGCGCAGUGCGAGUACGCGCGGCUGGCGCACGUGCUGCGCCGCCACGCCGCCUUCCUCGACGCCGCGCUGCAGCAGCUGCGCCCCGAGCCAGAGUACUUCCGCGUCGGCUUUUACGGCAAGGGCUGUCCGCUCUUCGUCAGGAACAAGCAGUUCGUGUACCGCGGCCAGGACUACGAGCGUAUCGGCGCGUUCACGCAGCGGCUGCAGGCGGAGUACGUGGCCGCGCACAUCCUCAUGCGUAACACGCCGCCCGACGACUCCAUCAUAGCUGCUGACGGACAAUAUAUCCAGAUCUGCAACGUGAAGCCGGUGUGCGGGCGCGCGGUGCGCGGCGGCGCGGCGGAGGCGGUGCGGCGCUACUACGCCUGCAACGACGUCGACACCUUCCUCUGCGACCGCCCGCUGCACAAGCCGCCCAUCGACAAGGACAACGAGUUUAAGAGCCUUUGGAUUGAACGAACGACAUUAGUGACGGAGAACACGUUGCCGGGCAUACUGCGAUGGUCGGAAGUUAUAUCGCGAUCUGUGGAAGAAAUACCUCCAGUUGAGUACGCUUGCGAAACAAUGGAGGCGACAGAACGAGAACUACGUAGUCUCAUAUCGCAAUAUACAGCUGACCCUACACAAAAUAUCAACCCAUUCUCAAUGAGGUUACAAGGAACUAUAGAUGCGAAUGUUCAAGGAGGCAUCAGUAAAUACGAACAAGCAUUCUUAACAACGGAGUUCUCAAGGACAGCGUCUCCUAGGGAGUUGGCAGCCGCAGCUAAGCUACGCAGGCUGAUAGCCUCCCAGCUAGCUGUGGUCGAUGCUGGACUGACGCUGCACGGGAGAUUGGCUCCUGAGGAAGUCAAGCCAUUGCAUCGACGACUGGUGGAAAGAUUCAAUCAGUUACGACAGAACCUUGGCCCCGGCUUGGCGCGCGCUAGACGACAGCUCUCGGAAAGUAUCGUAAACACUCCCCUGCCUCCAGUACCAGCGCUGGAUAAACGAUCACAAAGCAUACAACAAAGUGAUAAUUAUUAUGAGGACGGACAUCUCUAUAAUAAACCUAUUUAUACAUUGGAUGAAUGCGACCAAAGCGGCGUGAUGUCGAGCAGUCUGCCUGCGCACGAGGGUCGUGAGGUCCGUGAAGUCCGUGAGUGCGACAGUUCCAUGGUGCACUCCGCCCCCCCACUGCCCUGCAGACCCAAGUCCGGAGAUCCUAGGAGCCCUACCAGACCGCUAGACAACUAUAGGGAUUCGAUGGAUGAAGAAGUAGAGACGCGGCGACACAGCCGAGCGUCAUGGAGUGAGCCGGGAGAUGCGCCCCCGUUGCCGCCUAGAGUGUCAGGUGAGAAGCGGUCGUGGGGCGAAGCGCCGGCGGUGCCGCGGCGUGCGGCGCGCAGCGAGGCGGGCGAUGAGCGCGACUCGGGCGUCAGUAUCGACGCACACGCCUACACCAACGCAGACGAACACCGCGCACACAACGGUAUAUACGCCCAUGAUGUGGAUUUAACAGUGGAAACGUUACGUUACGAGGAGAUAAUCUCGAUGAUGUCGGAGCCGCUGCGCGUGGAGGAGACGCCGCCGCCCAUCCCGCCCAAGGGGCUCGGACACCUCAGCAGCUUCGACUCCGGACACCACGAGAACGGGGAGUCGCACUGCUGAACAUGCAAACACACAAACAAACACAAUGCUGAUUGAACAUACAAACACAAACAGUGCUAAUAAUGAUAGUGUUUUCAAUGUAUUAAAACUAUAAUAAGAGCAAUAUAAAAUCAAACACCAUAUCAG